AUGAAUAAAAGAGAUAAAGAUAGAGACAAAGAAAGAGACAAAGAGACAGAGGAGACAGAAGCAUCAUCAACAGCAACAGCAGCAUCAGCAGCAGCAACAGCAGCAGCAACAGUAGCAGCAGCAGCAGCAGCAACAAUAGCAACAGCAGCAGCAGAAACAGCAGUAGCAGCAGCAACAACAACAGCAGCAGCAGCAGCAACAAAAACAGCAGCAGCGGCAGCAAAAAAAACCGCAAGAGCAGCAGCAGCAGCAACAGCAGCAGCAGCAGCAACAGCAGCAGCAGCAGCAACACCAGCAGCAGCAGCAGCAGCAGCAGCAGCAGCAGCAGACCUCGGGUAG